CCCCGUCUCACAGCUCGAAGAAGACCACCUUCUCCACCCGUUCGCUUCGCACCCGCCACGGUCCGGGUCGUCCGUGCACGUCGCUUUUGCGACGCCUUCGUCUCGUGUACGUCCGAGACGCUCGCCAUGGGGGACGAUCAUCUGGGAGUGGUGAUCUCAAUGCCCACGGUGGCCAUGUUGGUGGGCUCCAUGGCCGUCUUUGUGUGCCGCUUGCCAGACAAGGUGCAAGCGUGCUUCCAGAUGUUUUCCGCAGGCCUCUUGAUCUCAGCAGUGGCCAAUGAGCUCUUUCCCUUGUUGAAGCCUGCACAGUCCCAGCUCCCUCUGCUCGUGGGCUUUACUGUGGGCUUGAUCUUCAUGUUUGGGCUAGGCUAUUUGACUGAGUUCAUGGAGGAGGAUGAGGAGGAGGUGGUCACACAAAAGCGCACCACCAGCGAUAUUGAGACAGCCUUGGUGGAUAUUUGUGAGCAAGAAAGGCAGAAAGCUAAAGAGCACUUCCAAGUGGAGACGAAGGAGAUUGAUGUGGAGGUGAAUCGCCUCCAAGACUUUCUGAUGCGGGGCUCGCAGAACCAGAUCGACGAGAUCCUGCACAGCUUGGAGUAUCGCGUACACAAAGCGACUCGGGUCCUCUAUGUGCGCUCUGGUCUGGACGACCAGAACUUGACAAGGAUGCAGUUCCACGGCCGGGAACUGAAGCAAGCCUCGGAGCGGCUGCAGAGAUUCGAGUCCUUUCAGAAGGCCAAGGACAAUUUGAAGGCUUUUCAGGCGUGCUUGGAGCACUUGCACGGCCACGCGGAGCGGGCGCCCUUCCGUCGCUGGAAGGCGAUGUCCAAGCCCGCCGAGGACCAGCAGCUCUCGGAGCAGCUCCCCCUGGCGCUGGUCAUGGCGGUGGUGGUGGAUGCUGCAGUUGAUGGCAUGCUGAUUGGUCUCUCUUAUGCCGCUUCUCCCAGCGCUGGUUGGGCCAUGGCCAUCGCCACCUGCAUUGAAAUGGGCUUCCUGGGCCUCUCCUUCACCGCCUCCUUGCAGAACGCCACCCGAUCGGCGUUCAAGAUCGUCUUCCUGGCCUUUCUGCCGCCCUUCAUCUUGCUUCUCUCGGGUCUCGGAGGGAACACGCUGGGCUUCCUGUUCGCCGAACAGCCAGGGACCUUCGUGGGCUUCAUCAGCUUCUCCAUCGUUGCACUGCUCUUCCUGGUGACCCAGGAGCUGCUGACGGAAGCCCAGGAGGUGGCCAACGGCUCACCAUUGAUUAACGCUCUUUUCUUCGUUGGGCUUUUGUGCGGAAUCCUCCUGGAGACGUACAUCGGAUGAGGUGUCCGUACAUCGUGUGACGCACCGGCGCAGCGCAGCGUUCGGGGCGGCAGGCUCCAUCCAUGUGUUUUUUCCGCGAGAUGUACUGUAAGAGCACUGGAGUGCUGCGGCCGACUGGAAGAAGUGUGGAGAGGCUAGGAAUGGCUAGAGAAAGCUC